AUGUCCCUUCGUCAGGCUCAGGUGGUAGAAGAAGAUAAACAUCACCAUCAUCAAGGAGAUGAUGCCAAAAAUGAAGAUAUGAAAAACAGCAUUCAUGAUGAUGAUGAGGCCCUGCCAUUUAUUCAACUCCUGACCUAUGCCGACACAUGGGACUGGAUUAUGAUGCUUUUGGGCACUUUGGGUUCAACAGUUCACGGCCUCGCCCAACCUGUUGGUUAUCUGCUGCUCGGAAAAGCCAUUAAUGCUUACGGUAACAACAUCGGUGACACUGAUGCCAUGGUUAAAGCCCUGAAAAAGGUUGUUCCAUACGUGUGGUACAUGGCCAUCGCUACCUUUCCUGCUGGAGUACUAGAAGUAGGAUGCUGGAUGUAUACAAGCCAAAGACAAGUAUCUCGUGUAAGGCUGGCAUUUUUGAGAGCAGUCCUGAUGCAGGAUGUUGGUGCUUUUGAUACUGAUUUAACUAGUGCUCACGUAAUCAAUGGAGUUACUAACCACAUGAAUGUCAUGCAGGAUGCCAUUGGAGAGAAGUUGGGCCAUUUUAUAUCAUGCUUUGCCACAUUCAUUUCUGGAGCGUUGAUUGCGUUCAUAUCUUCUUGGGAAGUGUCGCUGCUUACCUUGUUUGUAGUUCCCAUGGUACUACUAAUCGGGGCUCUGUAUACCAAGAAAAUGAACUCUAUUUCGGCCGUCAAGAUGGUGUACCUUUCUGACGCCACGGCAUUGGUUGAACAAACAAUUGCUCAAAUCAAAACUGUCUUUGCAUUUGUGGGAGAAAAUCGAGCUAUCACAUCUUUAUCAAAAUGCUUACAGAAGCAGCUCCAGGCUAGUAAGAAAGAAGCUUUAAUAAAGGGCGUAGGGACGGGUAUGCUUCAAGCUGUCACUUCCUGCUCAUGGGCUCUCAUUGUUUGGGUUGGGGCUGUUGUUGUUGUGCACCAUAAAUCGACUGGGGGAGACGUCAUAGCUGCAGUAAUGAGCAUCCUCUUCGGGGCUAUAUCACUCACGUACGCUGCACCAGACAUGCAAAUCUUCAAUCAAGCCAAAGCUGCAGGGAAGGAAGUGUUUCAGGUUAUCAGAAGGAAACCUGCCAUAAGUUCUGAAUCCCAAGGGAAAAUGUUGCAAGUGAUCAAUGGCAACAUUGACAUAAGCAAUGUUUACUUCGCUUACCCCUCCAGGCCAGAAAGGACUAUUCUCCAUGGAUUCUCUUUGUCAAUCCCAGCCGGGAAGGUGGUGGCACUUGUUGGAAGCAGUGGAUGUGGCAAAAGCACCAUCAUCUCCUUAGUUUCCCGUUUCUAUGAUCCUGAAAAAGGUGACAUUCUGGUUGACAACCACAAUAUAAAGGAACUUGACCUGAAGUUUCUCAGAAGAAACAUAGGACUAGUUUCCCAGGAGCCCUCACUGUUUGCUGGAACUAUCAAGGAGAACAUCAAGGUUGGGCAUAUGGAUGCAACUGAUGAUCAGAUACGGAGCUCUGCAAUUUUAGCAAAUGCAGACUCCUUCAUAUCCCAGCUCCCAGAUGAGUAUUUAACCCAGGUAGGGCAACGGGGUGUCCAGAUGUCAGGGGGACAGAAACAAAGAAUUGCAAUAGCAAGAGCCAUUAUAAAGAACCCUCCUAUUCUUUUGCUCGACGAGGCAACCAGCGCACUUGAUUCAGAAUCAGAGAGAGUAGUUCAAGACGCACUUGAGACUGCAAUGCAAGGGAGGACAGUGAUCUUAAUCGCGCACAGAAUGUCAACCAUUGUCAAUGCAGACAUGAUUGCCAUUGUAGAGAAUGGAAAGGUUACUGAGACAGGAUCACACAACUCCCUGUUGGAAACCAGCAAAUUCUACCACAAAUUAUUCACAAUGCAGAAUAUCUACCAAGAAAAUGAGACGAGACCAGAAAGUUCCACCAAAGAAACUAAGGGAAUCGAGCAGGAAAGUUCAUCUGAGACACCAAAGGAACAUAAAGAGACAACAUUGCAGAACCAUGAUCUCGGAAAGACCCCUGAGGGGCAGGAGGAUAAAGAAACUAAAGAAAUUCCAAUAUUCUUCAGAAUCUGGUUUGGAUUAAACAAGAAAGAGUUCGGUAAGAUAUUUAUUGGAUCUAUUUCAUCAGCCUUUGCUGGCGUCUCCAAACCUGUGUUUGGAUACUUCAUCGUUACCAUAGGAGUAGCAUAUUUCCAUCCUAAAGCCGAGCAGAGGGUUGGAUGGUAUUCGUUAAUCUUCUCAUCAAUUGGGAUACUGUCAUUGUUUGCCCAUACUGUGCAGCAUUACUUGUUUGGAACAGUGGGAGAGAAGGCCAUGACAAAUCUCCGGCAAGCUUUAUACUCAGCCACGCUAUGCAAUGAAUUAGCAUGGUUUGAGAAGCCUGAAAACAAUGUCGGCUCCCUGACAUCUCGUAUAAUUACUGAAACAUCGAUGGUCAAGACAAUAAUUUCUGACCGGAUGUCUGUCAUUGUCCAAUGCAUCUCUUCUAUCUUGAUUGCAACAACUGUCAGCAUGAAAGUCAACUGGAGAAUGGGUCUGGUGGCAUGGGCAGUGAUGCCUUGCCAUUUCAUCGGUGGCCUGAUACAAGCAAAAUCCGCAAAAGGAUUUGCAAGUGACAGCACUGCAGCCCAUUCAGAACUGGUUGCCCUAGCUUCAGAAUCUGCAACAAACAUCAAAACGGUUGCUUCCUUUUGCCAUGAAGAACACAUUCUCCAGAAGGCCAAAUUGUCGUUGAAGAAACCAUUAAAACAAGGCAGGAAAGAAAGCAUUAAAUACGGAAUCAUUCAAGGCGUGGCCAUUUGUUUAUGGAAUAUCGCCCAUGCUGUGGCCUUAUGGUACACUACUCUUCUGGUUCAAAGAAGGCAAGCAACAUUCGAGGAUGGAAUUCGAUCAUAUCAGAUUUUCUCGCUCACGGUGGCUCUGGUUGGUCCAAGUGGAGCUGGCAAAUCUUCUGUUAUAGCACUACUGCUAAGAUUCUACGAUGCAAAUGAUGGGACAAUUCUGGUUGGUGGCAAAAACAUUAAGGACUACAAUUUACGGAUGUUAAGGCGCCUCGGAGGCUGA